AUGCGGGGGUUUCGAUCUCACGAGAAAGUUGAUUUCACAGCCCUAGCGAGCGCGACCAGAAAGCGUGAAGAAGAAGACAAUCCUGAAAUAUACAAACUGAAAUCCUUCCUAAAACGGCUUGAAAAAACCACUUCUGAAGACCAUUGCUCAUCGUACCGCAAAUCGUUCCUAAGGGGCGAUAAUAGUGCUCGGGAUGUUGUAGAACCGCCAGCUUAUUUCACCUCGGAUGCCACACAAACCGACUUAGUCAAAAAGCUGAUUGGGCAGUUCAACAUGGAUAAAGCGCUCCCGGAACCAAAAGCAAGUCCAGAGUUGAACGAACUGAUCUGGGACGUGAUGAACGAGAUGGCUCAGCUGGCGACUCGGCAAGAAAACAUCGUUUACGAGCGAGCCAAGAUUGCGGCUUAUGCCAAAGCUCUUACCAAUAUUGCUUACUCCGGUACAACCCACGAUGAGGUACAGAAAAAAUUCAUGGAUGACAUCCUCGAGGACAUCAGUUAUGCAUGGGGAAUAAGCUUUUGGGCUCGUGACAAAUUCGACCCGUAUGCCAAGGAAUUUAUCAACAAUUUACCUUACGUCUGGGAUCCCACGGGCCGCUUGAAGAAAAACUUUAAACAUAUCGUUGAUCAAUACAGCUUAUAG